AUGGCACUCAAACAGAAUAAGCCAUAUCCCAGUGGGAAAUCAAACCAAUUAAAGCUGUCAAAUUGCACCAAUCAGAGUUGUUUCUUUGCACACUGCAACCAAUCAGAGGAAGAGAAUUUGCUAGGCAAUCAGAUUCGUAUAGUCACAUGCGAGCCAAGUUCGAAGUAUGUAACUUGGAGCAGCGUGAAGACGCCCAGUUGUAGUCAAGUCUUGACAGAAGAAAUUUGGAUUGAAAGUUUAAGACGAAUUCACAAAAACUCGAAAGAACUUAUACAAGGAUUUAUCAAGACACUGCUCUCAAAGUACGUAUAUAAAGGUAAUUUAGAGUAAGCGUUCAACUAAAUGCACUAGCUUAUCUAUAGACAUUUCAAUACAUUUUGUUGAUAUUUAAUGGAACACAUUAGCAUAGCCGGUCGCCGGUUUUGUUCCAAUUUUUAGCGAUAAAUCGCAUCAAUUGUGCUUCAAUAAUGACUUUUAAUAUUUCCAGGUAACUCAUGUUUGUAUUUUCUUUCGCUUUAGAACGAAUUUGGGCGAGAAAAAGAAGGAAAUUUUGACGAUUCCUAGCCACGUGUUUAUAGGUAGGCUACAUAUCGACAGCGAAUAUUUAAAUAAGUGAACUUGUUUGUGCGAGUUUAUUGCGUUUAAUGGUGAGAUAAAACGUUUAAUGUUGAGAUAAAACUUUGUGUGUAAACGUAAAGCAUCCGAAGCUGCCGAAAUCCUGUCUCCUUCGAAGAAUUUUCAUCGAAUAUUGCCCAAGAAAAGGGUGCCGCGCUGAACACGUAUUCAAAAUUGCUCGACUUUAAAAUUCAUUCCAGCAAAGAACAUUUGCCAUUUGGGAAUACUAUUUAAAUUUUCUUGCAAAUUUUAGCGAUAAAUCCCAUCAAUUGCACUUCAAUAAUGACUUUUAAUGUUUCCAGGUAACUCAUGUUUAUAUUCUUCUUUCGCUCUAGAACGAAUUUGGGCGAGAAAAAGCAGGAAAUUUUGACGAUUCCUUGCCACGUGCUUAGGUACGUAUCGACAGUGAAUAUUUUAAUAAUUGAACUUGUUUGUGCGAGUUUAUUGCGUUUAAUGUUGAGAUAAAACGUUUGUGGGCAAACCUAAAGGAUCCGAAGCUCGUGAAAUCCUUUCUGGCCUGUCUCCUUUCGAAUUUUUAUCAAAUUUUGCCCAAGAAGAGGGUUCAAUUUGCCGCACUGAACGCAUAUCUUGGCAAUUCGUUGCUCGACUUCAAAAUUCAUUAACUCCAGCGAAGAACAUUUGCCAUUCGGGAAUACUAUUUAAAUUUUGCUGAAUUGUCAUGAGGAUUUCCUUUCAUUCUGAAGCAACAAAUACCAUUAUAAGAUGAUUAUGCAGCACGUUCGUUCGAAAUUCCUGGUCUUUGCAGAACAAUUUACCGCAUCAUUAUUUUAGUAACGAACGCAAUUUGGUGAGAUUUAAGUUCAAACACAAAAUUUUAAGACUAUUAAACUUGUUCCAAAGUUGAUCAUAUGUUACAUUCGUUCUUUAGAACUGCUAUAAUAAAGUAGAACUCAGGUUGAAAUAAACGUAUCGCUAUUGACAGGAGUGAGCAUUUUAUUUUUCGAUUUUUGAAGCCGAGAAACUUGAUGAUUGUACUGAGAGUUGAAGACAAAUUCGGAACAAAACUAUUUCAAAAUUCAAAAUUAACUGUUUGAAGCCAGCUUUGAGGCUUGAUUACAUUGGUGGUUUAGAACAUUUCUCAACAAGAAUAUUCAUGUGCGUCUCUUCUCCGUGUGCUGAUAAUCACAAAUUCACAAGGGCAAAAGGAUUUGAGGAAAGGUUUUCACACAGACGUUAUAUCUCAACUUCCUUGAUGCAACAGUCAACGUAUCAUGUACAGUUCUUGCGCCAGUCUCUUACCAAGUUUUUAUUUCCUAAAUUUUAGAAAGAAUUCGCAAUCUCGAGCGAAAGGUGCUAGGACUUAGGUCAUUCUCUGAAUGCGCGCAAAUACGAAAUAAUUUUUAAAAAAUUGCGAAUGCCAUUUUAAGGGCAAGAAUUUUGAUGAAAACGUGUAGGACUUCAGUGAAGUAAGGGCAUGGAGAUCAUUUCAUUAUUGUGCAUGGUUGACCUUCUGUGUAAAGUCUGAAUGUUGUUGAAGUUUCAGCAGUGCUCUUGAAGUAGGAAUCUCUGUGAACACUCCAGUGAUUUCACAGCUCAGUUGCCCGCUCUGGAGCAUGCGUGGAACAUUCGACUGUGGUAUUGAUUUUCCCGGGUGUGAGUUGUGUGCGUGCGGGGAUGGCGCCGUCCUCCCACGUACUUGUCCUCGGACCCAACUGACAUGCGCGGAGAAUCAACACCACAGCCGAAUGUUCGGCGUAUGCUUCGGUCCGACCAACUGAACUGUGAAGUCACUGGAGUGUUCACAAAGGCUUGUACUUCAGGAGCUCAGCUGAAACCUCCCCAGUAUUGAGAGUUUGGGCAGAAAGUCAGUCGUGUACACUGAUAGAAUGAUUGAAAUAAACUUGCUUGGCUGAAGUCUUACUGGUUUGAGUCUUUCGAGAUGUCCUUAUUUUCGCAUUUGCAUUCGUUCCCAGACCUUGCUAUAAGCUCACGGUCAACUUGUUAACAGACCUAGCUAUAUGGUGACGGUCAAUUCGUUUCCAGACCUAGCUAUAUGCUCACGGUCAACACAUUACCAUGACCUAGCUAUAUGCUCAUGGUCAACUCGUUAUCAGACCUAGCUAUAUGCUCACGGUCAACUCGUUACCAGACCUUGCUAUAUGCUCACGGUCAGGUCGUCGCCGGACCUAGCUAUAUGCUCACGGUCAACUCGUUACCAGACCUUGCUAUAUGCUCACGGUCCAGUCCUAUACUCGGUACAGGUAUACGAGUUGCAUCUUAUUACAAUUGACCUAAAGGGAACAUUUUCGCUAGCUGUUUGGCAUUUGAUAACUAAAAUUAUUCACGAAUUAUUUGAUGCUAGACAUUGUACACUCUCCUGUUUAACUUCCUUGAUUUUCCAGUUUUCGGAUUACAGCCUACGUUUUUCCAACCCUAGUAUUGAAUUUCACUGUUUGUAAAUACAACUGAUUUACGGGCCCGUCUUUUGUAUUUUCUGUAUGUUUCAAACAAUAGCUAGGCAAAAUAUUGGCUCUCUGAGCGUUAAAAAAAACAUAGAAGUGAGACAAUUACUACUGCAAGGAGUUUACAGUGGAGUGUUAUCUUGUCUGCAUCGGUUUCAAAUAAAAAAACAUGCAAGCAUUCAUGAAUUUCUGGCUUGCAUUUACUUAAAAAUAUAAUUCUCAGAUGUAUUUUUAUGCAAGUGAUGACACAUGAAAUGAUGAUACUCGAUUCCAAUAUUUGAACAAAAAUGUGAGAAUUUUGUAUUUGCGCACUGAAAGGGAAUACCUUAAUAAAACAAUAUAUGUUCUUCAUGGUCUAAAGACGCAGCGACGCAAAGCUGCAAACAGACGUAAGCUAUAACAAAGAUAACAUAGACAGACACAAAAAGAAAUCGAGACUGCUUACUGUACAUUGAAGUUUUUACAUAUCAUCAACCAAGCUCUCCUAAUCUGGUACGAAUAUGUCCAACAACAAAAACGUCAUCAAUGGUAUGAAGAUAGAAUGAUGAAUGAAGCUGUGAACAGUGGAAAAAUGGGUCGUGGACAACAUGACACGGAAGAACUAAGACAGACUAUUGAAGUUUCUUAUAUCAUUAACUGAACCGUUCUGAAUCGAUAGAGGUAAUAAGCCGAGUUAACUCGUGUUCUCUACUUUGACCGGACUUUAGUUGCAAAUAUUAAGCCGGACCAUACUGGUCAACUCGCAAUAUCAGCUGAUCUCCCUACUGGAUGGACCUGCAACAUUUGAAGGCGGAUUUUCUUGGAUCAACGUGUACUACAAACCGGAUUAUGCUGGAUUUAUCAACGAUUUCAAUUUGAUGAUUAAUGGAGCUCCCCUACCUACAUCGAGAUACGACGACAUAAAUACAUCACGGGCUGUAAAGAUGCGACGAAAGAUGAAGAGGAAGUCUAACAACUUUCAGGUUCAUACUAUAGGUACUAUAGGUACUGUAGUUCAAUCUCGUGUCCAGAACUCGUAGACAAGUAGUGCAUGACUAAUAUAGGUUGUUCUGGAUUCGAGAUCUCCUGGUGGUCUCCGUCGAAAGUAUUGCACAUUUGAGUCAUUUUACCCUUUUGGUUGUGAAAAUGUUAAUUUUUUUGUAUCUGUGGAAAUAUUCGUAUACUGUUGAGCAAAUAUUCAGCUCUAAUCCUUUGCAGCGCGUAAGCCAAACGAUGUUGCAGAAAGUCUGCAUUGGUGAGAACAGUAGUUUAUCUUUUCGUUGUCGUUACUUGAAAAAAUUUCCCUUCGGUUGUUACUCGUGUGUAAAUACAAACGACGGCGCGCGUAAGAUGGUCAGUGCAUGACGUCUCGAAACGUUAGGUUUAACAGAGUAGGUGCAUGAUCCACCGCAAAGUGAAGC